AUGAGAUAGAAAGCAUGUGCGCUCGAUCUGAUUUUUUAUCUACAAUUAUUUAUAUUGCCCACAGCUGGUUCAAUACCGCUUCGAGCUUCGCCAAGGACAUUCUGAAAUCGAGGUUCUCGCGAGAUCUGACAUCAGUUCACGGGGCUUUAGUUUUCAGAAACGGGUGCUUUAUCACUUAAAAAAUGAAAAUGUCAGAAAUCAGGAGGUUUGAUUAAAAGAGUUUGUGUGACUCUCGAAGAACAAUGGGUCUCGGCCUCUUGUGUAUCCUUUGUGUGACCCUGUUCAAUGCUGUGUGGUCAUCUAGUGUAAUAUCCAGUGGACUUUAUGCGGAUCCAAGCAAAGCAGCUUACCGAGAUGCGGACAUCGCGUGCGAUACCGGGGGACUGGCGUUUUACCGGAACCUGCUCCGGUCCCGACAGACCACACGGAUUCCCCAUAUCCCGUCCUACAGCAGAUUCCCACGCACGUUUCGAACACGUCGCGCCGCCACGGGGGACCUGAGUCGUCUCUGGCAAGAUGGCGUCAUUCCAUACCAAAUCCAGUCCAACUUUACAGCCCACCAAAAAGCCAUCUUUGUGUCUGCCAUGCGUCACUGGGAAAACUACACAUGCAUCACCUUCGUGGAAAGAACAACCGAACCCGACUUCAUCGUAUUUACACAAAGACCAUGCGGAUGUUGCUCGUUUGUUGGGAGGGAGUUACGAGGAGCCCAAGCCAUUUCCAUCGGAAAGAAUUGUGAUAAGUUUGGCAUCGUUGUUCAUGAACUGGGUCAUGUGAUUGGCUUUUGGCACGAACACACUCGGCCAGACAGAGAUAACUAUAUACAAAUUCUGAGCGAAAAUAUCAAAGAAAAUCAUGACAAUAAUUUUGCAAAGAUGACCUUGACCGAGAUCAACUCUCUUGGAGAGGAGUAUGAUUUCUCGAGCAUUAUGCAUUACGCUAGAAACACGUUUUCGAAGUCGAGUGACUUGGAUACUUUGGUUCCAAAGACGCUAACAGCAGAUAUACCAGAGAUCGGUCAAAGGCAACGUCUGAGUGUAGGAGACAUCAUCCAAACCAAUAAACUGUAUAAAUGUCCAAGUUGUGGUGCGACGCACCAGGAAUCGUCCGGCACCAUAUCUUUCAACGCGUCUGGAGGGGUCACCAAACAGUGCCAGUGGCGGAUCACGGCGGCAUACGGCGAGAAAAUCAACCUUAACAUAACCUCACUUACCAUAACAGACACCCCCGAUGUGUGCUCGAAUAGCUUUCUGGAAAUUCGCGACGGACAUUUCAAAAAAUCACCCCUGAUCGGUCGUUACUGUGGAAGUAAACUUCCUCCGGCAAUUAAAUCUACCGGAAAUAGACUGUGGCUUGCAUUCGAAACAAAAUCUUCCGAAGACUCCAGAUUUGCAGCAAGUUUUGAAGCAAUGUGCGGGGGAAAGAUCAACAACAAUGCGGGUCACCUGACCAGCCCUAACUACCCGGAUGACUACCACCCUAACAAGAAUUGUGUGUGGGUGAUAACUGUCAGUCAGGGUUACACAGUUGGUCUAGUGUUUGAUUAUCUGGAGAUUGAAAGCCAUGAUGACUGCGUGUAUGAUCACUUAGAAAUUCGAGACGGAGGCGAUAAGAACGCGAAUGUCCUCGCAAUGCUUUGUGGGUAUAAUCUACCUGCUCCGAUAAAAUCAACUUCAAACCAAAUCUACAUCAAAUUCUUCUCCGAUGACAGCGUCAUGAAGCGCGGGUUCUCCUUAAACUUCAUUGCUGAAAUUGACGAAUGCGCAACCGGAACUCAUGGCUGUGAGCAGAUUUGUAUCAACACGAUGGGAGGUUACAAGUGUGAUUGUAAACUAGGCUAUGAACUCCAUUCUGACGGCAAAAAGUGUGAAGAUGCGUGUGGUGGAUAUCUGGAGAGUCAGACCGGAACGCUGUACAGUCCGUCGUUUCCGGACACGUACCCGCCCUCCAAAACCUGUGUGUGGGAGAUCAAGGCCCCGGAACAGUACAAAAUCACCCUCACCUUCACACACAUUGAUAUGGAGGGAAGAAACCAAGAAUGUGAGUACGACUAUGUGGAGGUAACUGGAGGGGCAGGAUACAACAAACCGUACGGACGAUUCUGUGGACGGGAACUUCCGGACGCCAUCACUUCCGAUUCCAACUCCCUCCAGGUCAAGUUUAACUCCGACGAUUCCGUCCAAAGUACAGGCUUCCAGGCAGAAUACUUCAUUGACAAAGAUGAAUGCGCAGUACGAAGAGGAGGCUGUCAACACACCUGUAUAAAUACAAUAGGAAGUUACAUGUGCGCAUGUCAUAACGGAUAUACGCUCCAUGAAAACAAACACGAUUGCAAGGAAGAUGUUGAAGGUUGUCGACAUUAUCUAAACGAUCACAAAGGCGUAAUAGUCAGUCCGCUGUGGCCAAAAUAUUAUCCUAGCAAAUCAAACUGCGAAUGGAGGAUAACAACCGCGCCCGGACAUCGCAUCAAGUUGACCUUCGACGAGUUUUCUAUAGAGCCCCACGACCAAUGCGUUUACGAUUACAUUGAGCUGUUUUCCGCCCCUAGCAAGCUCCUCGGGAAAUAUUGCGGGGGCAUUAGUGACGUCCCGAGCGACAUCAUCUCUGACGAAGAGGAACUGAUCGUCAAGUUUAAGUCCGAUGAUUCAGUUCAAAGACAUGGGUUUCAGGCUGCAUAUUCUUCUGUCUGCGGAGGAGACCUAAAUGCUACAUCAGAACGAAAGACAAUCUACUCUCAUGCAAAGUACAGUGACCAGAACUACCCCAACAAUGCCAGGUGUGAAUGGACCAUAAAGGCAUCCCCAGGGGCCAAGGUCAGCCUCAAGUUCACCACCUUUGACCUCGAGGAUGGGAAAGAUGAGUGUGGGUAUGAUGUUGUAGAAUUGUAUGAUGGCGUGAAGGAAAAGAACAAGCUUCUUGGAUCUUAUUGCGAUGUUCAGCUUCCACCGAAAACUGUCACAACUUCAGACAAAUUGAUCAUUGUUUUUAAUACUGACAAUACAGUCACGUGGAAAGGAUUUGCCGCGGAGUACCAGGAAGUGGUAGCAUAAAGCGGGAAUGACGUCUAUAAAAGCAUCGUCUGCUGCUUUGUAAAUACUCGCCUCUCCUCUCUGAAAUGGCAAAAAGGACUCUUCAAGUGUCCCUAAAAUACACCAAAGAACCCCAAAAACAUACACUGUACGUGAAAAUAUGGUCACAUUUACCAUAUUUUCAGAUUA